GCUUUCCUAAUUGACCACAAACCUGAAGAUGCUGCUGCCGUCAUUCAAUUACUCAAUCAAGUUGCUCCCAAAUUUUGCUUGGUCUAACUUUUUGGAGUCUUUUAUUUUAUUGUUUUAUGGAGAGGUUUUAUCAAGCAUGCACAUAGCUUGUGCUAUAGUAAGGAUAUUAUAAUUUGCUUUGGAGCAUUGUAAAUAGUAAGCUCUUAGACAACUAGAAUGGACUAACACUUAAGUGCUCAAAAAGUUUUCCACUGUAUUGACCAAUGGAUAACGUGCGCUUCGGACUUGAGCACUUUGUAAAUUACUGAAAAUUCAUGGUGAUCCUCCAUAUCAUGCAUAUAUCUUUUUAUAUCCAAGGGUGUGUGACCUAGUGGUCAAUGAAGUGGGUUGGGAACUUGAGCUCUUAGUAAAAAUUCCCAGCAGAAACAAAAAGCACUAGGUGAUUCUUCCCAUUUGUCCUGUCCUAGCUGUAAAGAAUGGAUAUUGGGCCUAACUCAACCUCAAAAGCUAGCUCUUGAGGUUGAGUUAGGUCCAAGAUCCAUUCUUACAUGGUAUCAAAGUCAAGCCUAUCCCAAAUCUUUGUUCACUGACUUAUGUUUUCCACACUCCAGUUAACGAGGCCUGGGUGUGCGGGGAGUGUUAAGUAUCCCACAUCAGAAAAGAGAUGGGUAAUUGGUCUCCUUAUAUGGACUUGGACAAUCCUCCCCUCAUGAGCUAGCUUUUGAGGUGGCAGGUAUCUCGUGGAUGUAGUCGAGAUGUCCCCAACACCACUGUUAUAAAAAAUAAAUAAAAAAUACAUGUCUCUUUUUUUCUCUUUUGGAUAAUUGAUCAUGUAUCUCCCCUUUGAAUAGGCUUUUUAAUAUUGAGGACCAUCUCAAUUAUCAGCAACAUUUGAAUGUUGAUUUCUUUGGAUGUUCAUAAAUUGUCCGACUGAUAUGUUGAUCAUGUAGCAUGCACCCGAUGGUCAGAGUGAGCAAAUAUGUCAAUUCUAUUAUGAUUUUCCAAAUAAUAAUUUCUUCAAAUUUGUUCAAUCUUCCUUGUUAUUCUAAUCUUUCAAACAUUGAGGAUUCUUAGGAUAUGUGAUUAAAAACUGUUGUUUUUACAAUGCUUGGCUCAAUGAAAGAGAUGGAAAGGGUCCCCGGAAUUAGCUCAGUUGGAUAAGGUUAAGGGACUUGUGUCUUAGUUAAAAGUUCGAACCCAACGCCAAAUAAAUUAAGUCCUGUAUUUAAGUUGAGAAAGGAGAAGGGGAGCCUUGGAGUAACUGGUAAAGUCGCUGCCAUGUGACCAGGAGGUCAUGGGUUCAAGCCUUGGAAACAGCCUCUAGCAGAAAUGCAAGUAAGGCUGCGUACAAUACACCCUUGUGGUGAGGUCCUUCCCCGGACAGCGCGCAUAGUGGUUGCUUGCACCGGGCUGCCUUUUUUAUUUAAGUUGAGAAAGGUAGAGAGACAGACCCAUAAUUUUCAAGUUUCAAAGAUUGCACUUGGCCCAAAGGGUUGGUUCUAGAAUAAGUUGCUCGGACUUUUCACUUUUGGUGCCGCACCAUCCGUGUCGAUACGACGUAGGUGUGGAUGGUGUUUGCACCUAAUAUGGUCAAUCGAUUUUGGGUACUUUCACCAAAAUCGACAUAUAAAUGAUUUUUGUAAUAAACAUAAAAGCUAAGAUGAAAUUGAAGCAAAUGGAAUACUUUGUAUAUAGAAAUUUCUAUGUCGGUCCUUUUCCUUAUAUCUUAUAUCUUCUUCUAGGAUUCUCCUCUUGAUUAAUGUUUUCUCCUCGAUACCUUGUAAGUGUUCCACGUAAUAUCUCAUAAUUUAGCAAACUAACUCUAGUUUUAGAUGUUUGAAUUAUUUUAAGACGAAUUCCUGCACUCGUACAGUACCCUAAGAUCCAUACUCAUCCUUAAAGCUUAGAGCAUGCAGAAUUCAACCUUUAAAUCUCCACAUGUAUCGGAGAUACUCACCCGAGUCCGAGCAACUUCGUUUCUAGCUAAGUUACUCGGACUCUUCACUUUCGGUGCCACACCCGUGUCGACACGACAUGGUUGUGGGAUCCAUACCCGAUCUGGUCAACCAAUUUUGGGUACUUUGACCAAAACCGAUUGGGAAAGUCCGGGCAGAUUUAAGAAUUUUGUAAUCAAAAUAAAAGCUAAGACAGUACCUGAUUCGAGAAGGCAAAAAUUCAUUGACGAACUUCAAAAGCUAGUUGAGGAGUGGCCUUUGGAGGUGAUAAAGCGGCAAAAGGAUGAGAAGAGGAAGGAGUUGGCUGCUACACUACAACAUGAUCUUCCUACCAUGCUCAGUGCCUUGUCAAAUAUGGGCUUGAAGUUGAACGUAAAUGUGGAAGAUCUGACAAGAGAAGGUGCUCUUUGAUAUAGAUUGGUCUGACCCUGCCGAAAGAGAUGGUAGCCCUGAAGCAGUCAGAAGAUUUUGUAGUUUGAAAUGUCAGCUAUCUUUAUCUUUACACAGUUCAGUAUCUAUUUUGCUUCUUGGAAAACAUGAAUAUCCCUGCAAUAAAAUAGAAGCUACUUCUUUCUGUGGUACUAUGUUUUUAUUCGACAGAGUCGUAGACUGAACUUUUAGAGAUUAUUUAAAGGUGUGGGUUGUAUGUUAGGCUUCUUUCUAUGUCUUUCCUAUUGUUUUUGUGGAAAUUGGAAGCAAACUGAACAUCUACGAAGUAUCAAACGUGUUGUAGCAGGAAUGUAGCACAUUUGAAAUUUAUUUCACUACUUUUUAGUGUC